AUGGCUGCAUCAAUCAGAGACAAACCAUUGCCAACAUUUGAGCGGACUGGUGUUUUGAAAUUAUAUGGUGAUAGUUCAUUGUGGUUGAAGAAAUUGCGACGUGAAAUACGAGAGAAAGGCCUCCCAACUGACGAAAAUUUUCUUUUUCUCGCCAUAUCGCUCUUGUUGACACGAGAUCCUUGGGAUUUGGCACAACAGCUUCUUCUUCAACAACCAGGAAUGAAGGAAAUCUUUGAGAAAGCGACCGCCAAGAAGGAACUCACGCACUCUGAAUUCACGCAUCUCACCAAGACAAUCUCGGCUUGCUUUCCCGCAAAACGCGUCCCAUCAAAUCUUCGGCAACAACUUAUAGAAAUGACCCCGAUGGACCAAGUCUAUGACCUCCACCAAUACGCUGACGGACGACUAGGCGCAUAUUACCAGCGCGCCCUCCGUUUGCGGAAUGAACUACCAUUGACAACAUCCGCCGCCGCCCAACAACUCGUGAUCUAUUUCAUAGAAGGUCUUUCGGAUCCCGUCCUCGCUUCUUUAGCUUUUCAAAUUCAGGAUCGGGAGCAAGGAAACGGAGGCACAAGUACGUUGGAGGAAGUGAGAGCAUGGAUUUCGCAGGCCGAGGAGAUCAAGAAAGAAAGAACCAGAUUGAUGGCAUAUGCAAAAAUGGGAAUCAAGGAACAUGAGCAAAAUUUGGUGAACAUGUGGUACAAGAAACCUGCGGAAGAAGGUAGGGGGAAUUACCGAGUGUCUGGUCAAGUCGCUAAACUUAUUCUUAGGGGGCAAAUAUGCCAAGUAUUUCGGUUCUGGAACGAAGUUUUUCGCAAAGUUGAAGGAGAAGAUGGAGGAUUUUCGGGCAAGGGGUGUAUGA